AAUGAGGCAUAUAUGAGUGCGACGAGAGGAUUGUGUGCAUGAGUAUCAUGAUGGAGUUAGAUCGAGGUUGUUCAAAUUUAAGAGAAUAUGGAAAUGAGCAGAGUUUGUUAUCCAAACCUGACGGGUCUUCCACAUUUGUUCAAGGUGAUACUAGUAUCCUGGCAGGAGUUUAUGGACCAGCUGAAGUGAAAGUCAGCAAGGAAAUAUAUGAUCGAGCUACUGUAGAGGUUCUUAUCCAGCCAAAAAUGGGGCUUCCAGGAGUCCGUGAGCGCGCGAGAGAGCAGUGCGCGCGCGAGACGUGCGAGGCUGCGCUUCUGUUGACGCUUCAUCCUCGCUCCUCUGUCACAGUCAUCCUGCAGUUUGGGUCCUUAUCUAACUGUCAGCUGCCGUCAUGCUGCCUAAAUGCCACCUGUAUGGCUCUAAUGGAUGCCGGGCUUCCCAUGAGCCACCUUUUUUGUAGUGUGACCUGUGCAAUUAGCAAAGAUGGCCAGAUAAUCACUGAUCCUACAGCUCUGCAGGAAAAGGAAAGUCGAGCGUUGUUAACAUUUGCUAUUGAUAGCGUUGAGCAUAAUGUUUUGAUGUCAUCAACCAAAGGCUCUUUUUCACUCCAGGAGCUGCAGCGGUGCAUCGCAAUCAGUCAAAGGGCUUCUGAACAAAUUUUCCAGUUUUAUAGGGAAUCUGUCAAACGGUGAUAUUCUAAGAUAAAAUAAAACACCCAUGUUGGGAUUUUUA